AUGGCUGAGGUCUUCGGCCUUGCUGUGAACGUGGCAACUGUUAUUGAUCUGUUCAUCAAAGUUGGCGUGCAGUGUUCCGAAUAUUGUGCUGGCGUCAAGGCUGCGCCACGAGAUGUUCGAUCCAUUCUCAAUGAAGCCGACAGGCUGGGGCUUACUCUGGGCGAGGUCAAACGCCUCCUCGAUGGCCCAAAUGGUCCCAAGGUCGAAGCAUCACAGAACAUACGCAGUUGCGUUGAGGAUUGCCGGCUGCACUUAAAGCUCAUCGUUGCCAAGCUCCAGCAGGGAUUGGAAGUCAGGGGCCUAAAAUGGCCGUUCAAGAAGGGAGAAGUGGCCGAUAUCAUCACGAAGAUGGAGCGAUGUAGGACAUCCAUCUCCCUAGAUCUUCAGAUCCAUCAAGCAACACAGCUAUUUAGCAUUCAUCAAGAAAUCAUCUUGACCAAGCUACGUACCGUAGAACGCGCAGGAUUCGAUGCUCACCCCGACGCCGACAACGCGAGAUGCUACCCCGGCACUCGGACCAAUCUGAUAAACCAAGUACUCACUUGGGUUGAAUCCGACAAUAGUAAGACCAUUUUCUGGCUGAAUGGCAUGGCUGGCACUGGAAAGUCUACGAUCGCGAGAACAAUAUCCCAGGAACUUGCAGACAAGAACAAGCUCGGUGCCAGCUUCUUCUUCAAGCGUGGCGAGAGCGAUCGCAGUCGGGCGGCAUUCUUCUUCCCCACGAUAGCUACUCAGAUUGCCCGUCAGCUACCAUCAUUGGCCCCGCUCGUGCGUAAUCAGGUCGAGGCCGAUCCUUCUAUCAAUACCAAGGCCCUCAGCGAUCAGUUCGACAGUCUCAUCGUCAAGCCGAUAAAGCAGCUCCCCAAACCCUCGCAGCGGCAAACUCUGGUCAUAGUUGUUGAUGCACUUGACGAGUGUGAUUACAUUGACGAAGUGAAGAGAAUUAUUCACCUACUAUCCCAGGUGAAGGGUUUCUCACGCAUUUGCCUCAAGGCUUUUGUCACCAGCAGGCCUGAGCUGCCUAUCCAGCUUGGUUUUAAGGACAUUUCCGGCGAGUACACAGAUCUAGUUUUGCAAGAGAUCCCUAAACCUAUUAUCAAAAAUGAUAUAACGGUUUUCCUGCAGCACGAACUUGCUGGUAUCCGGCUGGAUUACAACAAAGCGCGGCCAAAUCGGCCGUUGCCACCUAGCUGGCCUGAACCGGAGAAAAUCCGGAGGCUUGUUGAGAUGGCUAUUCCUCUGUUCAUUUUUGCCGCCACAGUCUGCCGCUUUAUCCAGGAUCGAAGGCUCGGUGGCCCAAGAGACCAGCUAGAAAGAAUUCUCGAGCGCCAGGGAGAUCGGAAAUCUCAACUCGACGCAACCUAUCUUCCCGUUCUUGAUCGACUUUUUGGAGGGUUGAACGAAUUACAGAAGAAAGAGGUAGUAGGGAGAUUUAAGAGAAUUGUUGGCUCUAUUGUUAUCCUUGGUAGUCCUCUGUCGUCGUAUUCGCUCGCUCGGCUCCUGAAUACCCCGGUAGAAACCAUCGAAGACCAGCUAGACUACCUUCACUCUGUCCUACGAAUACCCCCGGAUCCCAAUAAACCAGUACAGUUGCUCCAUCUAUCCUUCCGCGACUUUCUCGUCGAUUCUGAGAAAGGUGGGAGGCCAGAAGAGUUUCCGUUCUGGAUUGACGGGCACCAGACUCAUUCCCAGUUAGCACUCGACUGUCUAAGACUACUUUCUACGGGAAACACCCUCAAGCAAGAUAUCUGCAACCUAAAUCACCCAGGAACUUCUCGAACCGAGGUCGAUCAGGAGACCAUUGAUGCCUGCUUGCCGCCUGAAGUGCAGUAUGCAUGCCGCUACUGGGCCUUCCACUGGAAGGAGAGCAAGCAAACGAUAGAGGAUGACGACCAGGUUCACCGAUUUCUAACUUCUCAUCUCCUUUAUUGGCUUGAAGCUUUGAGUCUCUUAGGCAAUAUGUCAGAGAGUCUGCUCAUGAUCAACGAUUUGGUGGAACUGCUUCAUGCUUCAAAUAGCUGUGAAAUAGAACCCUUUCUUCGCGAUACACAAAGCGUUAUAUUUAGCUAUGGAUCAGCCGUUGAUUGCUGGCCUCUUCAAAUCUACUAUACAGUAACUGUAUUUGCACCUCAUCAAAGCAUUGUCCGAAAGACUUUCAGCCAUUUAUUUCCAAACUGGAUAUCGUCGCCACCACCGGUAGAGUCCAGCUGGGGCGCAUGUCUAGCAACGCUCGAGGGUCACUACGGUUCCGUUGAGACCGUUAUAUUCUCGCCAGACUCGAGCUGGCUUGCAUCGGGUUCAGAAGAUCAUACGGUCAAAUUGUGGGAUGCAAGAACAGGUGCCCUGAGGACAACACUCAAGGGACAUAGUGGAAUGAUCUGUGCUAUCGCGUCCUCACCAGACUCGGGUCAGAUUGCAUCAGUGUCAAGCGAUGGAACUUUCAAGCUCUGGGAUACGACAACGGGCGCUUGCAUCGCAACUUUUAAGACCGAUUUCUCCAUGUAUGAAGCUGCUUUCUCAUCCGAUCUACGUUGGCUCUCAUGCUCAGGGCGAUUCGACCCGACAUUAAAGUUGUGGAAAAUCGGCCCAAGCCACGAGACCGUAUCGUUUGAGGGCCAUAGUGGCGAAGUCCAAACGAUUUCGUUUUCAACUGAUUCAAACCGCCUUGCAUCAGGUUCAAAGGAUCGAACGAUAAAACUAUGGGAUAUCGAAACUGGCAUUAAUAUAGCAACAUUCGAAGGCCAUAGUGACUGGGUUUGCUCUAUUGCGUUCUCGUCGAACUCAAACUGGCUUGCAUCGGGUUCUCAUGAUAAGACUGCAAAGCUCUGGGAUAUAGAAACAGCUACCUGUAUCACAACAUUUAAGGGCCAUGAUGAAUAUAUCCUCACGGUUGCAUUCUCUCCUGGCUCAAACUGGCUUGCAUCAAGUUCUGCUGCAUAUCCUAUUCGAUCGCUUUCUCCCCCGACUCGAACCGACUUGCAUCAGGAUCAACUACCAACACUAUAG